AUGAGCAAUGGGCAAGGAGGCUACAACAAAGGAUAUUACAACUACAAAGCCAACCCAGCCAUGUCUUACAGAAACACUGAUGUAGCUAACCCACAAGAUCAGGUUACCCUCAACAACAGCAAGCUCGAUCGAGUCAAGCCCCUCAACAUUUGGUCCAAAAACAACUACCAAGGCCCUCAAGGGACUUUUCCUGGUCAAGCUGAUGGUGUUGUGGACACAAGCAAGAAGUUGGCUGAAAUCAACUCCAAGAUUGAGAAUCUCAACACAAGAGUGUACUCUCUGGAGAAUCAUGCUUCUUCUGUUGCUGCUGCUACAAAGCAAGGACAACUACCUGGUAAAGCCAUUCAGAACCCCAAGGAACAGUGCAAGGUCAUCUUCACUCAAGAAGGUCUUGAUGAAGAGGGAUCAAGAGAGAGUCAUGGAAGAGUUUGUUUGCUGCUGAAUGACGACAGAAUUGUUGUUGCUGAGGCUCCUGGAGUCCAGAUUGAUCAACCUGAAGUGCAAGCACUACUGUAG